AUGAAUAACGAACGUGAAAAGAAGCAGCUGCUAGAAGUGUACCUUAACAAUGGACGCUCUUUUAAAAAGACCGGCCAGUUUAAACAGGCAAUUGAAAAGUUUCAAGAAGCUUUGAAAUUGGCUAAGGAACUGAAAGACGAAAAACAAUUAACCAAUGUAAAUAUUAGUUUAGGACAUGCUUAUACAUUAAACAAUCAGAUUCAAACGGCAAGUCAGCACUUUGGAAAAGCCGUGGAAAUCGCAAAAGUACGAGGAUAUAAACAAGAGGAAACAAACGCAUAUCUUGGGUUAGGAGAUGUUUAUAGCUUAAGCAAUCAGAUUCAAAAGGUAGUUCAGCACUAUGAAAAAGCUUUGGAAAUUGCAAUAGAACGAGGAUAUAAACGAGAAGAAAUAAACGCAUACCUUGGGCUAGGAGAUGCUUAUAUAUUAAGCAAUCAGAUUCAAAAGGCAGUUCAGCACUUAUGAAAAAGCUUUGGAAAUUGCAAUAGAACGAGGAUCUAAACAAGAGGAAACAAACGCAUACCAAGGGUUAGGAGCUAGAUGCUUAUAGAUUAAGCAAUCAGAUUCAAAAGGCGGUUCAGCACUAUGAAAAAGUCUUGGAAAUUGCAAUAGAACGAGGAUCUAAACAAAAGGAAACAAACGCAUACCUUGGGUUAGGAGAUGCUUAUAGAUUAAGCAAUCAGAUUCAAAAGGCAAUUCAGCACUAUGAAAAAGCCUUGGAAAUCGCAAUAGAACGAGGAUAUAAACAAGAGGAAACAAACGCAUACCUUCGGUUAGGAGAUGCUUAUAGAUUAAGUAAUCAGAUUCAAAAGGCAGUUCAGCACUAUGAAAAAGCCUUGGAAAUCGCAAUAGAACGAGGAUCUAAACAAGAGGAAACAAACGCAUAUCUUGGGUUAGGAGAUGUUUAUAGAUUAAGCAAUCAGAUUGAAAAGGUAGUUCAGCACUAUGAAAAGGCUUUGGAAAUUGCAAUAGAACGAGGAUAUAAACGAGAAGAAAUAAACGCAUACCUUGGGCUAGGAGAUGCUUAUAUAUUAAGCAAUCAGAUUCAAAAGACAGUUCAGCACUAUGAAAAAGCUUUGGAAAUUGCAAUAGAACGAGGAUCUAAAGAAGAGGAAACAAACGCAUACCUUCGGUUAGGAGAUGCUCAUAGAUUAAACAAUCAGAUUCAAAAGGCAGUUCAGCACUACGAAAAAGCCUUGGAAAUUGCAAUAGAACAAGGAUAUAAACAAGAAGAAACAAACGCAUGCCUUGGGGUAGGAGAUGCUUAUAGAUUAAGCAAUCAGACUCAAAAGGCAGUUCAACACAAUCAUGAAAAAGCCUUGGAAAUUGCAUAG